AAUGUAAUACUAAAAAUGAUUUUCCGCCCUCGAGAAAUCGCCACCCUAAGCACUAGCUUAUAGUGUUAACUGGGAGAUACGGCACUGAUUAGAAGAUUUACCUGCGUUAGGAAACCGGUGUUCGUGGGCGGCAUAAUUAUUUCUCAACACGAUCGGUAUCGGGUGCAUUUAGCCCCGAUCGAAGGGAUUAAGACGGAAACGAAAAGCCGGAUUAGGUAUACCUAGUAGUAAGCUCGAGACGGAAAAAUAUAAGAAAAAUGAAUACCACCAUAUUUAUUUUCAUGUAGUCUUCGGUAACAAUAGUAUCGCGUUCGCCGCGCUCCAUCGUGAAAAUCUAAAACGUGGGGAAAACAUUUAAAAAAAAUACUACAUAAGCGUACGUAUGGAGGCGCGAGAAGACAGAUGGCGCUCGCGGUCACAUUGUUAACAAACCGCAUGCUACCGGCGGGAAUUGUUUGUGCUAACGGCACCGCAGAACCACGAAACGAUCGCGGUUUUUGCAAAAACCUUUGGAUACGCGAUCACCGACCACCUACAGCACCGAUGGAUUUAUUGAGCAGACUAGGGCUGAGGACGGACGGCCGGCGGUCCGACGAGUUGCGCAGGAUCAGUUGCAAGAUGGGAGUGUUCAACCAGCCGGAUGGUAGCACGUACCUGGAACAGGGCAACACGAAAGUGCUCGCGGCCGUCAACGGUCGCACGAGAUACGGGUCAACAGAUUGAAAGCGCACAAUGACUGUGCGGUCAUCAACUGCCAAUACAGUAUGGCGACGUUCAGUAGAAGUGAACGGAAACGUAGACCCAGAGACAACAAGUCAGCUGAAUUAACAGUUCAUCUCAAACAAGCAAUGACGACUGCAAUUAAAACCGACCUAUAUCCUAAAUCUCAGAUUGAUAUAUUUGUAGAGGUAUAUAAAAUAUAGU